AUGUCGGCGGUGAUGAUAACGCGAAAAGUGCGAAAAUGGGAGAAGCUCCCCGGGAAGAACACCUUCUGCUGCGACGGGAGGGUGAUGAUGGCCCGACAGAAGGGGAUCUUCUACCUGACCCUCUUCCUCAUCGUCGGAACCUGCUCCCUCUUCUUCGCUUUCGAGUGUCCGUACCUGGCCGUCCACCUGUCUCCUGCCAUCCCAGUUUUUGCCGUGCUCCUCUUCCUGUUUGUCAUGGCCAUGCUGCUGAGGACGAGCUUCAGUGACCCCGGCGUCCUGCCACGGGCCCUCCCAGAGGAGGCCAACUUCAUAGAGAUGGAAAUCGAGGCUGCUAAUGGGAACGUCCCCUCUGGGCAGCGACCUCCACCUCGAAUCCGCAACGUCCAGAUCAACAACCAGAUCGUCAAGCUCAAAUAUUGCUACACCUGCAAAAUCUUCCGGCCUCCACGGGCAUCUCACUGCAGCAUCUGUGACAACUGUGUCGAUCGUUUCGACCACCAUUGUCCGUGGGUGGGCAACUGCGUGGGCAAGAGGAACUACAGGUACUUCUACCUGUUCACCCUGACCCUGUCCCUGCUCACCAUCUACAUCUUCGCCUUCAACAUCGUCCACGUCGUAAUGCGCUCAGUGGAUUCAGGCUUUUUGAAAACCUUGAAGGAAACACCUGGAACGGUACUGGAGAUGCUGGUGUGCUUCUUCACCCUGUGGUCAAUGGUGGGACUGACUGGCUUCCACACAUACCUGAUCUCUCUCAACCAGACUACAAACGAGGACAUUAAAGGCUCCUGGUCUGGAAAGAACAGAGGCCAGAAUCCUUACAGCCACAAGAACAUCAUCAAGAACUGCUGUGAGGUUCUGUGUGGGCCGACUUACCCAAGCGUCCUGGACAGACGAGGGCUGAUGCGGGAGGAUUCGCCUGCUUUUGUGGCCAGUGAAGGACCUUGCUCCUUGGACAACCCAGUGGCACAAACUACGAAAACCACAGCUCCACUCAUCCCCAAUGAGCACACACCUGAUGAUGUCAAACCAAGCAUUGCGGCUUCAGCAGAAAAGAGCCCCUCCCCUAAAGAAGACCAGUCCCCGGCUCCGAAGAUACCACCUCUAGCUUCCCCUGAGACGGACGUGGAGACGUCCAUUGCCAAAAACCAUUAGCUGGAUAAAGUGGGUGGACCUGGUCGGAGCCGGCUUUCUAGCAUUCUGUCGACCUAUAAACUGAAAACACUAAUAAUCAAUAUCUGAUACUAUGAUGGUGACUCAGUUAAUCUUUGGCUCUCAUCCCAACUUCCCCUAAAGGACUGGAGCUCCGGCUAAAGCUCCCAGUCCUCCUAACUCUUACCGGCAGUUGCUGCUGAGAAGUUUGAUUGACGUUUAACUCUUGCAGGAGGAGGACUGAAUAAUGUGGGAAAAUCAGCAACUUCCAGUCUCCUGAACACUGCAUGGAAAAGACACAAAGGAGAGACACUGCUUGGAGAUCUUAUGCUGACUGUUGAUCUAUUUGUUCAUUAUUUGAAAUUGUAAAAUUAAAUUUAUUGUCAGAGGCCAGUUUAAAUAUACUUCCUAGCAAGCAUCAGAGACGAAGGGUUUGAUUUCUGAACAUCUGUUAAAUCAAUAGUCAUCUUUGCUGUACAUAAAUUACACACCCUAUGCAAACCAUUAUACGGCGGGACAAGCAACUUUGUUAAAAUUGGGGAUAAGCGGUUAUAACCUCUAUGAGUACAUGUGAUGUCCAAACAGGAGGAGGAUGUGCAAAUCCUUAACUGAUCAAACUCCUUCAAGAGGACGUCUACCUUGUCUUCUGAUAUUGCUGCAUUCAGUACUGUUCUCACGUGUGUGCAUUCGUGCAUCUUUUUUUAAAUCGAUCUCAACUGCUGUAUUUCCAUUUUUUUUCAUUAACCUAGGAUGUAGUGUGGUGUUGGGGCUUCUAAAAGGAUGAAACUCCAGAUGGUAUUGAGCCUCUGAGUCUGAGAAAAGAAAGAAAAGGCCUAGUGAGCGCAGACACUCGCAUUAACAGUGCCUUAUCAAUGCAGCUGAAACUCAAGUUAGAUAACAGGAAAGCUUCUCUAAAAGUGUUUAAUGAGAAAGGAUAUUUAAAGUAUGAUUUGAGUUUUUGGAAGAAAAAAAUAGCAACCAUCCAGAUUCAAGCCACUAAAAAAACCUGGUGGGACAUGCUAGUUUCUCAGCACAGCCUAGUCUAGCUUAGCUUAGAUUACUUUUGUGUGAAAAUCAGUCCCUGCUAAAGAAAACUGCUACAAGACAAUAAAAAUAAUUUUAAUUUUUUUAAAUGUAAAAUGUUUGAUUAUUAUUUCUAGGUAUGGGGGUGUAUUUUAUGUUUAAAUGGAAUAAGUCAGACUUUUCUGUUUUCUGUUGAAUUUAAGCUAAGCUAACUAGCUACAAGUGCUUGACUGGGUCGACCUAGAGGUAUGUUUUUUUUAAAUUAAAUAUAAGAGCAACAAUCAGGUAGAAAAAGGUACAACUAAAAGUUUCAGGUGUUUUUUUUAACAAAAAAACUGAAAAAAUCUAUUUUGAUUUACACUGUUUUUAAAAACACAGAAAAGUAUACCAGAAGAAAUAGCCUAGUUUUGGCUGUCUUAACUGAGCCUAAGUAGGUCUACGGUAAAUUUAACUGAUGAUUAGAUAUUUAAGAUGUAAUUUAAUUUUUUUUUAAAACGGAUGAAAGAGCAGAGCGUCUGAGCUUAAAUGAGCUUA